CGCUAUGUUGGAUUUGCAUUUUGCAUGGCUACGGCCAUAUUGUGCUUUAUGAUUUCUCUCUUCACUUUACCCAUGGUCCUUAUCUCUCCAGGAAAAUUUGCUCUCACAUACACAAUGGGCAGCUUGCUCUUUCUCUUUUCGUUUUCAUUUCUUAAUGGUUUGGUUGCACAUCUCAAACAUGUUUUCAGCUUGGAGAGAUUACCUUUUACUGCAUCAUAUAUGGUUUCAAUGGCAAUGACGUUGUUUUUCUCAGUAGUGCGGCCGAGUUAUUUGCUGGUUAUUUUCUUUUGUAUAGUCCAAGUUGUUUGCCUUGCAUGGUAUGUUGGAUCGUAUCUUCCUGGAGGAGUACAGUCAUUACGGUGGAUGACCCGCAAUACAAUUGGAUUGCCAAUCUAA